GAUUUCUGCUCAACAUCUGCAAUCAACUACCAUCCUUGGCAGAACUUUGUAAAACACUCGCUUCCUUAAUUUUGGCGACGAAUCUCAAUAACUUGAGCUGUUUUUUUUUUUGCUAAUUUCACCUAAUUAAAAACUCUUGUUUUACCAGAGGACCUUUUUCUUUUUUCCUCAAUAAGUCAUCCCAAAUUUCAUGUUGUAAUUUUGCGUAAAGCUGCUACCUACAACACUGAUUCGGGUCCUUGGUGAAUAAUUUCUCAGUUCAUUUGUGUUCAAAAAGGUUUUUCGAAUAUUUCUAAUCACCUUUCUUUAAGAUGUCCUUCCUUUCCAGGUUUGCUUGGCGCGCUUGGAAGCCACAAUUCAUUCCUAUGCUUGGAGCUAUGAGAUUCCAUUGGAAUCGUAAUCUACCAAUGAACCACGUCCAUAUGCUAUCUUCUUCCCCUUUUGCAUCUCUUAAUUCUCGACUUCCUCUCAUUCCUUCCCAAGGCUUCAAAACAAAGGCUUCAGUUAAAAAACGUUGUUCCAGCUGUUAUUUAGUGCGCAGAAAAGGCCGCUUAUAUAUCCUUUGCAAAAAGCAUCCCAGACAUAAAACUAGACAAGGAUAAACUUAUUGGGAAUCAUUUACGUUUGGGUUACCCUCCGUUUCCUACGAAACAUAUUCGCAAAGCUAAGCCUUAAAUCGAUAAUUUCUUUAACUUUCUUAUUUUUUUUUAGGAUUUAUAUUACUUCUGCAUACCCUCCAUGUUCUUCAGAUAGUGAUAGUUAUUAACUAUAUUCCUCAUUAUCAUUUUUCGUAUCAACUACAACUAUAAAUAAUGAUUCUAUUCUUUAAUUUGCAUAUAAUUUUCUCGUUAUAAUUUACUCAUUAGAAUUGAGCUCAGCCGUAAAUCUUUCGCCGAGUUUUUCAUUCUCCUCUAUCACACCCUGAUUCUUCUUAAUCCGAGCUAAAAGGUAACGAGCUCUUUCUUUCAUGCCAGAUUCGAAGUUACCAAGGCCCUUCAAUAGCUGCAAUUCUUCUUCAUCAGUCCGAAUAGCUGAGUUGCAAAGGCGAAUAAUGGCAUUGCAUCUAGCUUGACUCAUAGCUGCUCGUAAGAUAGAGUCAUUUACUAGCUGUUGAAACGCCGUAACAUACACGGGCUUACCGGCAAAUACCUUGUCAGGUCUGGCAUUCACACUUGUGAUCGUAAUUAAUUCAUCUUCUUCCAAAGCACGAACUGCAUCAUCAUGACCCUUCAAUAAAGGAUCAAGCAUCAAUUUAUGAUAAGGAAUGUGUUCGUGCUGCGACAAUAAAGUUAUUAAAAUCCACGCUUGUUCCGAAGUAUAUAGCGGUUUCUUAUCGUCACCGAAAGAUAAUGAAUUAGAUCUUAAGAAACUCUGAAGAAUGUCUGAAGUGUUUUGACUAAUGAUUCCAC